UGGCGGAACACGUACCAGGAAUUCCGCCUAUGCGCUGUUAACAUGUUGCUGAUGGGUCACCGCCGACCAGGACCAUCCUGUCGCUAUACAGAUCCGUUGCCCGGCGACGAGAGGCGAUCCCACAAGUCAAGUGAGCAGCUGGGGGCAACUUGGCAGCGGAGUGUCAACACACAGGCAGCUGUUUGCACCACCAGCGGCUGCUAGAAGACUUGACAGGAUAAACCUAAGAGUGUUUUCUUUCUUUUUUUUUUCUUUUUUUAUCGCCCUGAUGCUCUGAGUUGGACCGCUGCCUCGACUCUCAAACACCUCCGGGAUUAACCAGAAUAGCCUUCUCUUGCUAACGAGCGGCAGAAAUCAGAUUAUGGAUUUGCUCGGGGUGCUGAAUUUGGACGAGCUGUCCCACGGACUGGCAAACUUGUCCAUGUUUCCAUACUUUGACAUGGCGCACUACACCAUGUCGGUGAUGGCUCUGAGGGAGCAGCCAGGAGCUCUUGAGGUGUCCAGAAGGAGCCCCUUUGCCUGCUGGUUCAGCUCCAUGCUCUUCUGUUUUGGAGGAGCAGUGCUGUCAGGGAUCAUGUUGGCCGAGCCGCCUGUAGCACCACUCUCCAACAGCACCAACGUCCUGCUGGCUUCACUCAUUUGGUACCUGGUGUUCUACUGUCCGCAGGACUUGGUGUACUGCUGUGUAGCCCUGUUGCCUCUCAGGCUGGUGCUGGCAGGGAUGAAGGAGGUGACCAGGACGUGGAAGGUGCUGGGAGGGGUCAUCCAGGCUCAUGGCAAAUACAAGGACAGCCUGCUGGUCAUGAUUGCCAUCGGGUGGGCUAAAGGUGCUGGAGGCGGUCUGAUAAGUAACUUUGAGCAGCUGGUCCGAGGGGUGUGGAGACCAGAGACCAAUGAGCUCCUCAAAAUGUCUUACCCGACCAAGAUCACCCUGAUAGGGUCGGUGCUGUUUGCCCUGCAGCAGACCCAGUACCUGCCGCUCCAGAAGCACCACCUGAUGCUGCUCUACACGAUAUUCACCGUCGUCAACAAGUCGAGGAUGAUUCUGACCGGCUCGUCUUCCUCACCUUUCGCUGCCAUCGAGUCGGCGGUCUACAAAGCCCUUUUCGCCGGCUCCUCCCCGUACGCCGCCCUCACCUCCGAGGUUAAGAAAGCAUCCAUCGACAACGGCACGACCGCCAGGAAAUCGUCCGCCGCCACGACCAAAGACUCCAGUGAGAAUGGAGCGUUAGGGAAACGCAGCCCGGGCUCCUCUGAGGAGGACGGCGGAGCCCACGAAGCCAAAGAGCAGUCAGAGAGAGCAGACACACAGAACUGUAAGAAGACCGACUAGUCAGCCAUAGCGCCUUCUCACACAAUCAGGGUUUUGGAGCUGUUUCUGAAGACGUUUCUUUAUAUCUGGAGGUCACUCUCUAAUCUUUACUUUAUCUUCUCUAUUUUUCAGGCUCUAUUAUUAAGAAGCUAACAGUCAGUUACACCAACAUGUAUGCCUUUUUCUCCCAAACAGGUUGUACUUUUUUAAAGUGCAAUUUAAAGCUACCUGCUGAAAUGGAAAUUGAAUUCGAGUUGACCUCAGUCACCCCUAUGUUUUUACUCCUGGAUAAUCACUCUGCCCCCCAAAGUACUGUGAUGUUUAUGCUCUUACAUGUGAAAAAGUAUCAUACUGAGCCCAGGCUGAUUGCGUACAUUCAGUACAAUGUGUAGCUCAAUUUUUACUAUAUAUUUAUAACGAGAGCAAGAUGUCAGUGUUUUCCUCCAGAUUGCAUUGAUGCUUCCUGUUUUAUCUCUGGGUUUUGGGAACACGGUGCUGUGUACCUGCUGUUCUAUGAAUGUUCUUCGUCUGUUCUUUUCUCUCUGUAUAUAUUCUGUUGAAUGUACAUGUUUCCGACUAUAAAUUGUUAAAAGCAUUUUUAAAAAAAAGAGAUUAUAUUCUAUGAUAACUCAGAUGAUUUAUUCUAUUUAUACUAAAAACAGAAAAUGAACUCCUGAAUGUAUGGAUUUUUUUGAAAUGGAAUGCAUUUUUUUAACUGUGUUCUGUUUGAUUUGGUGAAUGCAUUGAAAUACCAUUGAAAGCAUGAGAAUAAACAGGUUCAUUUGCACUAUAAAA